AUGCAAGGCCUUUUUGGCAACACAGACAUAACAAAUCUAAAUCAAAAGGUGACGCUUAGAUGCUACACCAACGGCAAAGGGCAUCGAGAUGAUUGUAGUACAAUUGAGCCCCUCCUGGAAUCUUCUGAUGAUGAGUAUUCGCGGAGAUUGUCACAAAUCAUGAUUUCAUUAGUAGCUUUUAUGGGCAGUUGCGACGUAUUGUGUGCAUUAUCUAUUACUUAUAUUUACAAGGAUAGCAUAAAGAUUAGCCCUGCCUGGAUCUCUUUCGUGUUGUCUAUACCUAGAAUUGGUUGGACAAUAAAACCCUUGUUAUGCGUUUUGAGCGAUAACUAUCCCAUAUUCGGCAGUAGACGCAAGAGUUAUAUGGUUAUUGGUUGUUUAAUUAAUUUUUUCAGUUGUAUUCUCAUUUCUUUGUAUAAUAAACCGAGUUUUAUCAUAACUACCAUUCUAUUGGGGACUUGGAAUCUGGGUUCAGCCUUAUGCUCUGUUGCAGGCGAGGCGCUAGUUGUAGAAGGAGGAAGGCAUAAGGAUGAUUCUACAGCGAUGAGCCAAGUUUCAAUCUACUUCGCUUUUAGGAGAAUUAGUGUCUCAGUUAUGGCUUACUGCUCGUCAAUACUACUUCUUUACAUUAAACCUAAGGAUAUUUUCUGGAUAGCAUCAUCUAUACCUCUAAUAACAUUAGUGGGGGUUUUGCUUAUUUCCGAGCCUAGAAAGUAUAACAUAGUGCCAAAAGUUAGUAUAUAUGAGCAGUAUAAGAGUAUUAAAAUGAUUCUAACAACUAGACGUGUAUAUAACCCCAUUUUAUUUCUAUUUAUAAGAUCUCUAGCACCCAGCGCUGCACCGGCCAUGUUUUAUUUUAUGACUGAGAAGCUACAUUUUACUUCGGAAAUUUUUGGGCGUGCAAAUUUGUUUCAGUGUUUUGCAAGUCUUGUGGCAAUUUAUUUGUUCAACAAAUAUAUGCAAAAUUUCAAUCUACAACGCCUACUAUUCUGGUCAACGCUCAUAACAACUCCGUUUUGUCUAAUGUCUAUAGUUGUUGUUGAACGAUGGAAUUUGGCAAUCGGUAUACCAGAUACGAUAUUCGUUAUAACGGAUAAUAUUAUUUGUGAGUUCGUUAGCGACUUUCAGUGUAUACCUAUAAUGAUUCUGACAUCCCGUCUUUGUCCAAAGGGUAUGGAGAGUACAGUAAACUCCACAAUCAUAACCAUAUUACACCACGGAGUGUGGAUGGGAUCUAUCUUAUCUGCUAUUAUAACAAUGGCCUUAGGGGUUACGAGUACCAACUUUGACAAUUUGAAAUGGUUAGUGAUCAUAUCUAGCACGGCGCAUUUGAUACCGAUCUUGAUGAUCAAAAUGUUACCCACAAGUUUGCCUAGUGCAGAGUAUGUAGAUAAUAUGGUUAAUAAUGUGUGUACAGAUGAGCAUCUCAUUGAAAGUUUUGAGGAUGAUGCCAGCCUUUAUGGAUCGCAGAAAUCGGCCUGA